AUGCAACUAUCCGUUGUAGGAAAGAUGCCAGCAUUCAAUCGCCAAAUGAAUCGCAAUCGUUACUCGAAUGCAGCAAGGAUUGGUACAUCGUCGGAAACGAAACAUAUCAUAGAUCCGCUUACAGUGUUUUCAAAUCACUGUAUGGCGAUGGCAAAUGCCAUCAAUGCAGCGCAACCUCUAACAAAUACAAUAUGCCCAUUUCUAUCAUCUGGUAUCAAUUCGUUACUUCUAGGACAAGCAGCAUCUGCUAGCGGAUCGAAUUUUGAGAACAAAGAUGUGGGGGAUGAUGCAGGAACAAUCAUGAACGAUGAUCAGCCACUCGAUCUCAGCUCGAAACGAGUUCUUCAAGCAGCAACACAUAGUGCAGCAUGCAACGUGACUAAGUUACGAGACGUUAAACGGCACAGAACCACUCCACUACCAGCUGGAUUCGACGAUAAGUCUUAUGAUAAAGCUCGCAUUAUUCCAAAGUUAGUUGAAACUCUUUCCUUUCACUUGAGGUCAACAUUACGAAAUAAGAUUUAUAAACUGGAAGCAGCUGAAGAAUUGACUGGUGAAUCAAGCCAGAUGAAAAGGAGACGAGCGACUGGGCAACAUUCAACGACUAGUAAUAAGGCGGACGUAUCAUUACUCAAGCAGCACCAAACCAUUUUGACGGGUACUAAUUGCAAAGAGCAAUACACAGGGAAUGCAACUAGCUGUGAUCAUAGCUGUGAAUCGCCAGCUACAUCUGAAUGGAAUCAAAUUUUGUGGUCGUCACUUGCACGUCAAACGUCCGAACGUACCAAUGGAGGGAUACCGUCAACCGACGAAAAGAAAAACAGUCAAAGCCCAGUGAACAGUAAUGACAAUCACGGAGACUGGAAGCGAUCAAGACCAAAAAGAGGACAAUACAGGUUUGCAUUCAAGCGUUCAGAUUGA